AUUCUAAUCCUCGAUACAUCUACCCUGCUCUGUAAUAUCGUGCUCCAUUGUUUGUUAGCGUUGCGUUUUCGCUAGUAGGAGGCGGUAUUAGUAGGUUAAUUGUUUAUAAGAAAAUGAAUGGGAUGAUGAAAGCUGCUCUGAGAUUCUCAUCAUUUAAAAGCGUUGCUAAUCCACUGAAACAAGCAUUGCUCCCAGGAAGUACCGUGGCCGGUACAACCAAACAACAUUUUGCAAGAACUUUGUGGCACAUGUGUUCAACGAAAUCGGAAGACAGUAAAGUUAGCAGUUUGAAAUUUUAUAACCCAACCAACCUAUGCAGUUGCGGUUGUGGCAGCCAGCGUUUGCAGCAUACGAAGAGUGAACAGGAAUUGGUUCAGUUUUUGUCUGAAGAGAUUGCAGCUGAAUGUAAGGCACAAAAGAUUAAAUCCAUUCCUAGUAAGGUUGAUGACUUUGAAGUUAAAUUGAAUGGAGCUGACGUGACAUUAACAAAGAAAACGGCAAAUGAAACUGUAAUUGUUAACUUCAACGUGAAUCACACAGUUGAUACUGAUGGUGAUUCUGAACCAGAGUUGAACCCCAACAUGGAUAGGCCAGAUUUUGCGGAGUUGAAGUCAAAACCUACUUUUGAUGUGGAUCUUCAGCUUGGCGAUCAGACUCUGAGUUUCACUUGCUCCUUCUUACCAAGUGACAGUGUGCAGCAGUCAGAUGACUACAAUGACAUUUUUGGAAUUGAUGAAGUCACUAUAUUUAAUGGAGAAUGGAAUGACAAAGCUUAUGCUGUUGCUGGAGAUGUUUUAGAUGGGUGUCUUUAUGACUUGCUCAUGAAUCUUCUGGAAGAAAGGGGAAUCUCCAAUGAAUUUGUUGACAAACUGUCAGAUUUCAGUACAGCAUACGAACAUAGCUUGUACAUUGCUCUGCUGGAAAAUACCAAGAAAUUUGUCUCAGGAAAGUAAGAUGUUUAAGUGUUACUGAUGAACAUGUAGCUGAUUUACUGCUCAUAAACAUUUCCAUUAUUGUUGUACGCAAUAAUAUGAUUUCAUACAUGAUCAGCAAAUUAUUAAUUGUCAAAGAAAGGGUGUAAAGCAGUGUGAAGUAAACAAUAAAGAUUGUUUAAUAAUGAAACAAA